UUUUUUUAAUUUGAAAUUUAUAAGGAAUCGUCUAAACAAAAAUGAAUUUUCUUUUACUUUUUGUGUUAAUAAUGUCCAUAAAAGUAAGUUUAAGUUAUCCUUACUUUUUACAGUGCUCUUAUAGUCGUUAUUUUCUAGACUUUUUUAACCAUAAUGAAAGAUUUUUGUUAGAAUUCGAAAAAAAUAAAGAUUAUAUCACAAUUCAAAAUCUUAUUAACUAUGGCAAGGCACUACAAACACAUAGUAAAGUAAUUAUGAUAUUUUUAGAUGAUUUGAUAAACAACGAGGAACAUAAGUUUCCUUUUACAUUGAUCACGAUAAAUAUGUACUUAAAUAACCUUUCUGGCUCUUUAAAUAUGAUCUCACUAACCGAAGAUGGUGAAAAAAAUGAUGCUACAAAAUUAUUAGAAGGCUAUAAGAUUAUUCAUGUCGCAGUUAAAAAUCAAUUAAAAAAUUUCAUUAUUAAUAAUUGUGAAAAUAUACCAUUUAUUGAUUAUAUGGUUAGUUGCAAUCCUCCAAUCAGUAGCCAUGAAUAUACUACAACUAAUCUAAUAAAUAUAAAUAAUGAUCUCAAAGAUAACAUAUUGAAGAAGUUUUAUUUAUCAGUAGAAAGAAAUUCAUACAAAAAUUUUCAUCCGAAAAAUUUUUUGUUUUACAAAAUAAUGAACCAACAGAUUAUCAGAAAAAAAAAAAAAUUGUACAAGUAGAUACUAGUAAACACAUAGAAUUAAAUUUACUUCGAUUCACUCCACUUGACAUCCAAUGUUCUGACGGUACUCGAUUAACUAUACAAGAUCUAUUUGAGUAUAUGAAAUAUGAUUUUAAUUCUAAGGAUGUUUUAGAAUAUAUAAACAUGGUAAUUUUGGCUACGUUUCAACCAAUAGCUAUUCUUAUACGCAACUUUUUGACCUUAAUUAUAGUUGCAUCAUCAAAGAAUUCAGAUUGUGUACCAAAAAGUUUCAAAUCGACAUUAAUUAAAACGGGUCGAAUAAUAUUAAAUUAUAUAAGAGAAUUCAUUUCUCUCGGUUUGUUCAAUGAGGAACGGACAGCAUUUCUGCGAAAAAUCAUUCAUGAAUUUGUUCUAAGCUUAAACAAUUAUAUUAGAAAUACAGAGUUGUCCAAUGUGAAUAUAAAAUUUAGUAAUAAACUAAUUAAAUUACUUACCAAUUUUUUUAUCAAUAACAAAUUUUAUUUUACAUCUGAUAUUGUUCUAAGAAAUGAAAAUAUUAAUGAAAAUAAUGCCAAUGAAAUUCAAGAUCAAUUAGAAAAAAUCAUGCAAAAUGUUGAUACAUAUAUGAAAUAUUUGAAAAAAUGGAAUAGUUAUCUUCAAAUAAUAAUAAAAAUUUGUAAAAUUCCGAAUUUCAAAGUUUCAACUUAUAAUCAUUUAAUUGAUUCAAAAGUUUCAAAUCUUAUUUGUAGUACUGAAACACAUUUUGAAAUAUACAUUGCAAGUAGGAAUGAUUGUAAUAAUAUUGAUAUAGGAUUUUUUAAAAAAGAAUAUAAUUUAGAGAUGUUAAAAGAUGAACCUGAUACAAAUGAUACCCUUAAAAAUCAAACUGUCAAACCGAUUUAUAUGAUCAAUUAUUUGCCAUACAACAUGUAAAGUGAUAUUAUAAUACUGAAUAUUGUAUAAUAUGUUACUUAUUUGCAAAACUUUAAUUUUUUCAAAUUUAGUGUACAGAGUGAUUUUUGUAACAUUAGUCACUCGAUUUUUCUUAAAAUAAUAAUUACAUUACAAAAAUUAUUUUUAGUACUUUUUAGUUUUAUAUAUUUUCUAUUGGAAAUUAUUUAUUGUUUCUUAAUUCAUCUACUAUAACUUACAGAAUUUUAACUUUAUUUUUUAAAUGACAAUAUACAUAUUUAACUAAUUAAAAAAAUAAAAUAAAUAAUAUAAUUAAAUAAAUUAUUAAGCAAUAGCAUUUUUUGAAAAUUAUUUCAGAGGUUAUUAACAUUUAAAAAUAUAGUUAUCAUAAGACAUUUCUCGACCUUGUCAUUCUUCUCGCCCAGAAAAAAAGUAUUAAUGACAUUCAAAAUACUGGCACAAUUAUUGUACCAAACAUUUUUUCCCUAGAUUUAUCACAUUUAUUUAUUUUAUAAUGUACAUAAAUUUAUAUGUAGUUAAAUAUUAAUGAUAAAAAUAUAAAGUUGACAUCCUUAUUAGGCGCAAGGAUAAAUUUAAAAAGCAAUUAAUUGCUGAUGAAUUGAGAUUUGUUUGAUUUCAUAAAAUUUUAUUCUUUCUUGAUAAAUUAAAUUUAGAUUUUAUUCUCCUUUAAAAAUAAAAUAUAUUUAGUUUACUAUUAAUAAAAUACAUACUUUGAUAAUUUUUUUGAA